AUGCUUCUCUUCUGCCCCCAAUGCAGCAACAUCCUGACCGUCAGCCCAUCCCCGGAAACCGGUCGCAACCGCCUCGAGUGCCGCACCUGCCCCUACCAGCACGCCAUCGACGAGCCCAUGUACUCGCGCCGCCACUUCAAGCGCAAGGAGCGCGAGGAGGUCUUCGGCGGCGCCGGCGCAUGGGACAACGCCCAGAAGGGCACCGUGCAGUGCCCCGUCACCACGUGCAGCGGCAAGGAGGCUGCGUACUAUGAGUUGCAGAUCCGCAGUGCUGAUGAGCCCGCUACGCUGUUCUACAAGUGCAUGACCUGCGGACACCGGUGGCGCGAGAAUUAA